AUGGACGGUAAAAUAGGCAGGUGUUUUGCUCUAAUCAUAGGCAUUCUCGUGACUUGUAGUUUCUCGAUCGGCGGGAGACAGCACCGGCAACACCUGUUUACGACGCAGGAGAGCACCAGGCUGGCGGGCAGCGCUUUCAGCGAGAAAUCGGCCGUCGGUUCGGCCGUGCGGUGCUCGGCUCUCUGUGCCAAGCAUUCCCGCUGCGUCUCGUUCAACUACGCAAAGGUCCUGGGCCUAUGCGAGCUGAACCGGAACACGAGCCGCAGCCUCCCGGGGAAUUUGGAGGCAGAUGCCCGCUUCAAGUACUACGAAAUCAUGAACCAAGUAAGUGAAAUUCGGCCAACCGAAGGAACACAGACUACUACCACACAGGAACCUACUACUGAGGAACCGACUACUACACAAGAACCAACUACUGAUGAGGAACCGACUACUACUACACAGGAACCAAUUACUGAUGAGGAACCGACUGCUACCACACAAGAACUAACUACUGAUGAGGAACCGACUACUACCACAGAAGAAACAACUACUGAUGAGGAACCGACUACUACUACUACACAAGAAACAACUACUGAUGAGGAACCGACUACUAAACUAGAACCAACUACAACGGAACCUACCACUGCGGUUACUACUUCACAGGGACUAACUACUCUGAAACCUUCUACAACUACUACACAGGAAGUAACGCCUACCAAUGAACCUACUACUAUGGUACCUACUACACAAGAACAAACUACCAAGGAACCUACCACGGUUGUUACUUCUUCACAGGAAUCAGCUACUCUAGAACCGACUACUACUACACAGGAACCAAUGCCUACAAAGGAACCUACUAUGAUGUAUACUGCGCAAGAACCAACUACUAAGGAACCGAUUACUACGAUGCCCACCACCCAGGAACCAUCUUCUAAAAAACUAACUACUGAAGUACCAACUACUCAGUCGCUCACCACAGCAAUUGUUACAGAUCCGAUUUUGUGGUCCUGUUCGGCACUCAGAGAUAACGGGUACAUAUUCGACGGCUAUUACAUGAUUGAUCCCGACGGGGCAGACGGUGAAGAGGCGUUCCAGGUAUUCUGCUCAGAAAUGACAACGGUUGGGUGGACCACGGUUGACCAUCCUGACUCCAAUUUGGAUAUUGCCGUGACCUCUGACCCCUUCGAUGUGACAAUUGCUUACUACGCUAAUAAAGACCAGAUUCAAGCACUUAUUGGCGUAUCCACGACCUGCCGUCAGUAUCUCAGCGCCGACUGCAGGAACGCCCAUUUGUGGAUGGGCAAGACGCGGCUGGCGUGGUGGGUGGCUGAAGACGGUGCCAAGAUGGACAAUUGGGCCGGGGCAGCAACUGGGACAAAAGGGUGUAGCUGCUCCGGAUCUUGUGCCGGCGGUAAUUCGGAACACCGAUGUAACUGCGGUGCAGUAGCUGAUCAGUGGUACUCUGACGGUGGAUUCAUCGUGGACGAAGCCCGGUUACCAGUAAAGGCCCUUCACUUCGACAACGCAGCUCCCCCGAACCACCAGCUCUACUACAACCUCGGGGGGCUGCAGUGCGCAAAGAUGAGCCUUUCUAGUAAUGGUUAA